CACAAGGAAGAAACGUGAAAGAACCCGGAUGAGCAGUUUAUAACCAGGCAACAGGCCCGUGCUCGCCCUCUUUCAUGACAAGCUAACCACGUUGUUGGUUCCUGGCUCACCGCUGUUCGUUUGCAUUUCUCCCGAAUAAGUCGGUCAGGAAUUAUUCAUAAUGGCUUUCAAGGACACAGGGAAGGCACCCGUCGAGACGGAGGUGACCAUUCACCGCAUCCGCAUCACCCUCACCAGCCGCAACGUCAAGUCUCUGGAGAAAGUUUGUGCUGACUUGAUCCGUGGGGCAAAGGAGAAGAACCUGAAGGUGAAAGGACCCGUCCGCAUGCCAACCAAGACCCUGCGUAUCACCACCAGAAAGACCCCCUGUGGUGAAGGAUCCAAAACCUGGGAUCGCUUCCAGAUGAGGAUCCACAAACGCCUGAUCGAUCUGCACAGCCCAUCUGAAAUUGUCAAGCAGAUUACUUCCAUCAGCAUCGAACCUGGUGUGGAGGUUGAGGUGACCAUCGCUGACGCAUAAAUAUGCACAGGCUCCAAUAAAGGAUCAGGAAAGGAA